CCAUUCCACCGAAUGGGUGCCAUUUCCAUCCAUUUCCGUCCCCAGGAGGUUUUUUGAAUCAAGGUGCAUGAAAAUUUACGGGUAAAUAAUUUUUGUUAUUAAACAAAAGGUCCUGCAUAAGUAUCUGAGUGUAAAUUUAACAUUAAUCUUGGGCAAGAAUAAUAGAAAGUACUUUGAACACUGAAAAAACAUUUCAGUGCAUGUAUUUUUCACCUGUCCCUGAUCUUUAACAUUACUCUUAGAGUGAAAUAUAAUUAAUAAAAUCCCCCCCAAAUUUAUCUUUUUUUUGCAUUUUUGCGUGACUCUAUAUCCUGUCUAUGUUUCACAAAUACUUUUUUCAAAACAAUUUUAUACUUUAUUUGUUAAAAUACACAUUUUAGUUGUGUCCCUAGGUUUACACUCAGUCCUGUUACCCAAAUACAUUACCCCAUCUGUUUUAUUUUGAAAAUUCCAAAGGUGACCCAUACAACAGGAAGUUGCAUCAUAAGGAUCUUCAAAAGGCCAUGGGAAGACCAAAAGGAGCAAAGCCACCACAUAGUGCAGCAGAAAAGCAGCGGCUCUAUCGGGCUCGACGUGAUGCCGACCCAGAGCGGAGGGAAAGAUAUCUUGAGAGGGAAAAAAGAAAAUACAGGGAGGACUUAGAAUCAGGCAAGAAGAAAACAAUUGACCAACUAAGUGAGAGAGAAAAGCGCAGACGACGCAAAAAGUGGAGGGAGACAUACCAUACAAUCAAAGACAGAAAAAAAGUUCAGCAGUACCUUGUGACCCCUCCAAACACACCCCAACUCUCACCAGAGCAAGCUAUAGAUCCACAACCAAGAACUUCCAGGCAAUGUGAUCAGGGGCGGAGAAGACGACGAAAAACACUAAAGAACCUUGAAAAACAAAUUCAUCAACUACAAGGCCUAUUGAGGAAACAAACCCAGAAAACAGAAAAAUACAAGAAAAAAGUCCAGCGCAUGACAAAGAAAGUCCUAAAAAAGAAGACAAAAGAAACUGAGUCUCCACGCACAAAAGUUAAAAGACAGAUGACACAGCUUCCACCAGCAGCCAUUCAAAAAACUCUUCUGUUUCAUGAGGCUCUGGUGGACGGCAUCCGAAACAAAUACAGAAAAGCACAGGGGGAAAAAGAAAGGCAAAUAAUUGCAAAAGUACUAACAGGAAAAGUCCUUAAAAAGUACAGAUUGCAACGCUUGGCUCAAAACUCAUUAGGAUUUUCAAAGAAAAGAUGGAGGAAUGAUGAGAAUGUCAACUACAGCUACCAACGGAAGCGGAACAGCAGGGUUCCAGAUAGUUUGACAAGUAGAGUGAGAGCUUUCUACACAAGGGAUGAUGUUAGUCGUAUCACAACAGGGAAGAGACAGACCAUCACUUGGAAGAAAACUAAAAAGCAGAAACGGUUCCUUUUGGAUACCAUGAAAAAUUUGCACAUGAAGUUUUUAGCUGAAGAGCAAAGCUCCAUCUCUUACUCACUCUUCUGUUUGCUUCGUCCUUUCUGGGUUAUUCAUCCAACUCUGAGUGAUCGGGACACAUGCAUGUGCAAGAUGCAUGAGAAUCUGGGUUUUAUUGUACAGAAGCUGCACAACUUGAAAGUGAUCAGCACUAUCAACCUGGAAGAUCUUGUGAAAACCAUCGCAUGUGACACAGAAAACAUGAAGUGCAUGUAUGGAGAAUGCUCUGAGUGCAAGAAUCUAUGCUGCCCAGUCUCCUCCAAGUACAAUCCAGAGAGUCAAGAGACAUAUCUCGAAUGGGCAAUAGUGGAUAAAGAGCAUAACAAUGACCCCAGUGGCAAAACAUCUAAAAUCACAAUCAAACAAGAAUCCCAGGCAACACAAGAAGAACUUCUGGACCAGCUGAACCUGCUGCUGCAUAGGUUUAAGAGACAUUCUUAUAACAUCAAGAAUCAGUUUACCCACUACAGGGCACUGAGACAGGGCUUGAAGUCACAUGAAUGUUUAAUUCACGUUGACUUCUCUGAAAAUUACGUCUGCAAGUACAGCACAGAAAUACAGGCUGUCCACUUUGGAGCAUCACACCAGCAGGCAACACUGCACACAGGUGUGCUUUAUGUGAACACAUCCUCCUGCCCUAUGUCCUUCUGCACAGUGUCCCCCUCAAGACUGAAGGGUCCACCAGCAAUCUGGCAGCAUUUGUCACCAGUCCUUGAUUAUGUGCAUGUGGCACAUCCAGAGGUCUCCACAAUCCAUUUUUACAGUGAUGGCCCAUGCACUCAGUAUAGACAGCGAGGGAAUUUUUUCAUGUUUUGUACUGAGCUGUUCAAACAAGGAUUCACUGCUGGAACAUGGAACUUCUUUGAGGCGAGCCAUGGGAAGGGGGCACCAGAUGGUGUAGGAGGAGCUCUGAAGAGGAGAGCCGACAGUCUGGUCAGCAAAGGGACAGACAUUCCUCAUGCUGCCAAAUUCUUUGAUGUGUUGCAAAAGACAGAAACAACAAUUAAGUUGUUUUUUGUCAAUGAGGAAGCAGUGGAGAAAGCUGUUCAGGAGAUGCCAAAUGAUGUGCCAUCAAUUCCCUCCACAAUGAGGAUACAUCAGGUGGUAACCCUUGCCCAAGGAGAACUGACAUACAGAGAUAUCAGCUGCUUGUGCACAACAAGACAAAAUCUAACUUGUAAGUGCUUUAAUGCAAAGUCUUUCACGUUGGAUCAUCAACAGGCAGCACUCAGAGCCACAGAAAUUAUGUGGCAAAGUUCAGACAUUGUUGGCAAAUGGUGUGUGGUUAAGUAUGAUGAUGACAUAUACCCAGGUGUCAUCACAGAUACAUCUGAAACACAUGUUGAGGUCCGUUGCAUGCACAAAAUUGGGGUCAACAGGUUUUUCUGGCCAGCGCGCAAAGACCUGCUGUGGUACCUCUUUGAGGACAUUUUGUGCAUCAUCCCACCCCUGAGGCAGGUCACAUCUCGCUAUAUGGCAAUUGAAAAGGGGGUCUGGGACCAACUUGACAGUGUGCCUUAGAAAAGGCCACACAAAGCCCCUGUAGCACAUGUGCCCCGUGUUCAUUGGUCAUUCCUGUUACCCUCUGUUCAUUCCUGUUACAGCUUGUUCAUUUCUGUUACUCAGUUGUUUGUCUGUAAAAAAACGAUAAAAAUGAACUUAUUUUUUCAAUCAUAUUUGUUCCACCAUUUAUUAAAUAGUUUACUGAAUUACAUUAGAAUAAAUUUUAUUAACUAGAGCCCUGUGUCUCCUUGAAAUGAAAAAUAUGGCUUUUGAUCUUUCAAAAAAUUACAACUUUUGUAUGUUCAUGUGAAUUUUUUUAUAACAAACAUUAAAUAUUUGAACUUAAAACUAACCUUUUUAUUAAAAUAAACACUUUCUUGAGGGGAAAAUGAAGGAAUUAGUUGACAGUCUUCUAUAUGUGCUUUUUAAGAAGUUACAUGAGUUUUGGUAACAGGACUGAAAAUAAAGCAAACACGUUCAUCUAAAAAAACAUGUAAAAAAUUAAUUAAAGGCAUUUAAGAUUGACCAAUGAUCAUUUGAAAUAGUUAAAUAAGUGUGUUACUAGAUUUACUUUUGAAAAUUGCAUUAAAACCCAGUUUAAUUUGAUGCACUUGCAUAAAAUAAAUGGCACCUAUUCGGUGGAAUUACCCUUUCAUAGUUUCUGGUUAUUGUUGGUUUAGCCCAAAUUUGGACCAGAUGUAAACCUGAUCUGUGUCAAAAUUGAUUAAUAUGCAAGAGUACUUUUUAUAUUCGUAUAAUUAUUAUUUUUUUAUUCUAAUACAGUUUAGAGUUCAGUGAUGAAUCCUCUGAGGAAGUUUGAACCUCCCAUUGCAUCCUCAGGACGUGGUGCAAAAAGGAGAUGCCCACCAUCAUCUCAAAGUCGUGGUGCAUCCAGAUGCCGAAGAAGUGCGAGACACUCAGCUGUGGACCUUGGAGAUGAAGAUAUCACUCGAGUUUGGAAUCUUCAUUCCGAGCGAAUAGACUUUGAACGUGUAAGCAUAACAAUAUUACACUAAAUGAUCCUAAAUACUGUUGCUGUAGCAUCUCUUUCCACUUUUGUAGCAACACAUACAGAACCUGAACCCUCAGCAGGCUAUUGACAUCCUUACCAUGGUGCUGGACAGAGACCCUGGUGUUUUGAUGUACUUGGCCUCUCUGGUCCACCUGCCACAACACCUCCAACCAACCUUCAUGGUGUGUAUGCUCCCACUGCAGAGAGAUGCCAACUGAUUUGGAAAGGAAAUGCUGCCAACAGCCUCCCCAGACAUGUAUUUCAACUGUCCCCGCACUUGGAGGAGUUUAUUCUGCAAAAUGGUGUUCUUCGCCUGGCCAGAACAUUGUGGAAUGAGAUUCAAGCGGUUUAUGAUGACCCAGACCCUGGUGAGGACAAGACAGUUCCGCCAUGCAGCUUACAGACAAUUUGUAGCAUGGCAGCAUGGAAAACUUGGUGGAGGGCACAGGGUAGUAAUCCCAAGCUGUGUUGUCUGGAGGAUAAGGGAAAAAUUCCCUGACCCCAAUGGUAACUACACUGGUUUUAUUCCAAGACGAUUGUAAAUAAUUGUAUAUAUUUAAUAUUUUACAUCAGUUUGUUUUUUAUACAUUUUUGUUUGAUGCUCUAAUAAAGAGUUCUAAAGCAUAACUCUGUGUUGCAUUUGCAUAAAUACCAUAAAUGUUAAAACUCCUGCACAACAACAAAAACUUAUGUCUACCUCCAGCAUUUUACAUACAUUUUUAAAGUAUUAGUCCUUAUUUCCCCCCAAAAUAUCUU